CUGUGCUUUGCCUCUCGAGAGUGACUGUUCUACAAGAGAUUUUUGGAAAUGCCUCACUCGCUUUGACACUUGUUUGUUUCCCGCCACACACACUUACAGAGACACACAAUGGCCGAAGAGAAUCUGUUGUUCCAGGAUAUUUUUGAUAUUAAGGACAUUGAUCCCAAUGGAAAGCGAUUUGAUCGUGUGUCUCGAUUAGUGGCCCGAUCUGAAAACUACGAAAUGGAUUUACAACUCGACUUUAAUGCCGAGAUCUACCCACUUCAGAUUGCAGACAAGUUCUCUUUGGUUUUGGCUUCAACUCUUUCGUUGGAGGCUGUUGCUCCUGCCACCAAUGCCGAUGGAUCUGAAAAGCGUGAGAGCUGGCGCGAACGCGCACCUGGAGAACGAGACUUGAGCGAUGAAUACGAAUAUGUUAUGUUUGGCAAAGUCUACCGAUACGAUGAUUCUGCAACCGGAUCAGGUGCAAGCACUGUUUCGGCAGGACAGCGAGUGUCUGUUUAUAUCUCGUUUGGCGGCUUAUUGAUGUGCUUGGAGGGUGAUUAUAGACAUUUGCAAAAGAUCGUUGUUGGCGAGCACCUGUACCUUUUGAUGCGCAAGUAGAAGAAUGAUUCCACACACACAAACACACCUCUAUUCUUUUCUCCUUCCAUCUUCAUUUGCUACUAUCUCCAUACUAUUUCGCAUAUUAACAUCAAAUGUACAUAAUAAAAAAAAACACUAUUUGAAAGGGGAGAAUUGUGGAAAGAAGAGGGAGGCUCGGAGCGGAACAAUGAAGAUGAUGAUCAAGCUUGAAUUCAGAUGUGAGAAAAGUUCC